GUUCUGCCUUCUACUCCUUGUACUUAUUUUCCUCUCCUUUCUCUUCCGCCGCCUUCCCUAUCUAUCCUUCAUCCCACUCAACAUUCCCAUCCAUGAAACAACCAAGGCCACGCAGCGCUGAUUUGGGUGGUUUACACCUCGCUACCGCUGGGGGUGGACUCGGACAAGGAUGGUUAGGAUAUUCCUGCGAACUUCACACUCGCUUUGCAGAACUUUUGAGCGACAUGUAUAAUGAGACUUUGAACGCUGUGAACGAACAUGAUGCUGAAUUCGCCCCAACGGACCUUCCUGUAGAGACCCGCACUCGUCUCAUCCAGUCUCUAGACAGGUGGAAUUUUGAACCCCAUAAACUACCCGAUGAAGAAGUCUUGUCUUGCACCAUGAUUCUUUUUGAAGCUCUGUUUCGCAUCGAUGGAAUGCAAUCGUUAGUUGGGGUCACACUCGAUCAAAUUUAUCCACUCAUUCACCAUCUUCGCCGAAUAUAUCGCUGGGAAAAUCCCUAUCACAAUUUUGAACACGCACUCGACGUUCUCCAAGCCUCAUAUACAUUCCUUCGUCUAGCGGGCAUGGUUCCCUCUGUGACAAUUCUUCUCGAUAUUGAGCCAUCGACGUGGUCAACAUCCCACUCGUUCGAUAGUGGGAGACUCAUGACCUGCUUACGACCUCAAGAUUUGUUUGUGAUAUACAUUGCUGCUAUAGGACACGAUGUUGCACACCCCGGUUUCACUAAUGUCUUUAUGAAAAAUGCCAAAGCGCCGCUUUCUGUUGUCUUCGAUAAUAAAUCACCUCUAGAACAGAUGCACAUCUCGCUGUUACUUCGCGUUAUGAGGCAUCAUGGCCUUGGACCACUAAUUGAUGAUCCCACCAAUUGCUCUGGCCAACGCGUGCGAAAGCUGCUAUCUGAAACGGUUUUGGCAACGGAUAUGAGCGUGCAUUCAACCUUCAUGGAAAACUUUCGGUCCUUAUUAACCGGAAGAGAUAAUCCAGAUCUGUGUCGUCGCCAGGUUUUGAUAUGUCAGGCCAUAAUCAAAUGUGCAGAUAUCAGCAAUCCAUACCGUCCGUAUCAUGUUGCAAAACAUUGGGCAGCUGCACUAAUGGGCGAAUGGUCCUCGCAGGCGAUGCUGGAGAAGUGCAUGCAUCUGCCAACAACUGUCCAAGCUUCAGAUGAUCCUAUGACUGGUGCGAAAGGUCAAAUAUUCUUUAUCAAUGCCUUUGCCAAGCCGCUAUUAGAAUUGGUAGUUGAGGCAGUUCCGGAACUCAAUCAGCUCCUGGAUCAGUGCGUGUCGAAUCUCGCAGUGUGGGAGUCGUGUCGAAACGAACUUGAAAAUCAAGAUCACACCGUUACGGGAACAGAUACUCUCGUGUCCAUUGAAGACACGACCUCAAUAAUACACAGAGAUGACUACUCCACUGCGUUCCCGUUGACACUACCAGCUUUUCACCCAUAUCAAAACAUCGUUCAUAUUCAGCCACGUGUUUCUUUGGAGUGUUUCACCUCAUCUCAAAGUGAAAACCAUACAGAAGAAACCAGUUCAGAUUCCGAGGAAGAGCAACCUCGUGCUGGUACCACUCCACUUAGCUCAGCUACUACUGCCGUGUCAGACGCGUGUACGAGUGCAACACUGACUUGGCCCUCGAGCGCUCGUGGAGGCGGAAAAGAUGGACCUGUGAAGUUGGGUACACCCUCUCUAUCCUCUUUUGAAUCGGAGUCGGUUCCUUGUUCACCAGACUCAGAAUCUUCUUCUGAGUAUGGGUCCUGUUUGGAUUCACCCACAGCUCAAUCAGGCGUGUUUACGGUUUCAAGGAGUGUAGGCCCCAUGGAUGGAAAGCCAUCUUCAAGUAAUUCUGCCAUCAGCAGUAAAAGCCGCAGCCGAACAAGUAGUGCAUUGAGCGCUGCUAGUCAGAGCUCCUAUGCGACGGGCAUUUCAAGCCCUCCUACGAAUCUUUCAACCAACCAGGGCACUCGUAAUGGUCACCGAAGUCGCGAUAGUGCAUGUAGUACCAAUGCCGGUCGUGAAAGUUAUGCUGCCCAUGCAGCUAUCCGCGCUGCGGCGGAGAGUGCGGGAGCCGGACUACGAAAGAAGAGGUCCAUGUUAAACAGGAACUCUUGGGGACCUAGCAUACUUGGGACAAAGGAGGACUCUGAUGGGGGGAGAAGAAAUGGCUUGUUCGCAACCAGUAAACCACUCCCCUUGCCGUUGUCUCUACCUUCGCCAUCGAUGACUACUCAGGUGAACAACCAUAGCGUUGUGAUCGAUUCCGAUACGAUCAGGCGGGAGGGUGUAUCAACCUAUUCGACGUCGACGGAAUAGUAGGCAACGAACGAAUAGGCCCAACAAACGGAUGUUGUGGUCGCUUCAUUUCAAUAGCACGCCAUGAACACGUCAGGAUUUGUGCGAUGUCACGCCUGCCGUUAACCAUCGACGGUGACUCCAUGGUAGAGGAUCCAACAUGCUCCACGCACCGACGGGUACAGGUAUCUGAAUGAUUUGCAACGGUUGUGUAUAUCUAUCGCCUAUCUGUGUCGACAAUUCCUGUUUCAAAAAGCAACACCGAUUCCCUCCAUCUCAUGCUUUGUCGUCUUCUUAAUCACCUUUUACGCAUGAACUUUCGUUAUUUCAUCCAUAAUAUUUUGCUUGUCUGUAAUUCACUGUAGCAUAGGGAAUCGAUAGGGCCUUGAUGCCAUCGAAUACAGUACUGUUGGACAAUAAUAUACCG